AUGACCACAGGAGGGCGCCUAGCACCAACCUUGCCCGCCUGGAACCUGGAGGACAUCACCAUGGUCCAGGUAGGAAGUGCCAACAUGUGUGCCCCCACGCUGGUCAGCGUCUCAGCUCCAUCAGUACCCGAAACUGAGGGGCACACCCUUUGCUGUGCCCAGACCCUCCGCUGGCCUCACUCGGGGAAGAUGUCACGUCUGGUCUGGCCUCCAGGAUUUCCCCUAAGUUUCUUCCGAGGGACAAAUGGUAAGAUCCCUGUGAAGUCCGAUACAGGUGGGCGGCUGUUCAAGUCAGCUUGCGAGGAGCAGGUAAGUGCCUGCAGAAUCCACAGCCUCAGUCCCGUCUUCACUCCGGUCCUGCCCUUCCAUGAAGCUGUGACCGGCUGCUGCCAGGUGUACAAGGCAGAGCUGGGGCAGUGGGAGAGUUUGGAGGGCUUCCUGGAGGAAGUGCACCUGAUGAAACUGCUGCCCUGUGGCUGGGGCGGGGCUGAGACGCUCCUGUCAAUCAACGCCGGCCCGCCCUCGGCUCCCUGGGCGCGGGGCCUCUCCUCUGGCCCUGGACUAAGGCUGCUGCAGGGCUCCUGGCUGAACCUACAUGCAGAAAAGCAAGCAGCGGAGUCCUGGUGGAGGGGCAUCGCCCACCCCGACAAGCAGCACCCCCAGGUUCAUACACCCUCUGGGGGGGGGACACCCGAGGACAUGAUAUCGGAGUGGAAGGAGAAACAUCCUGGGAAACUAUCCAACACGGAAAUGCCCUCCCCCCCUAUGGAACCGCAGAGCCCCAAGAAACCCAGCCAGCCUCAGACCCUGAAGCAGGCACAGAGAAAGGCCAGCAGUGAAGACAUGCCCAGCUCUCACCACAAGGAUGUGGGGCCUGGCCUGGGCCUGGGCAGCCUUCGGCGAGCUUUCAUUCGCGCCAGCCAGCGGGUACCCCGAGGGACCCUUGGCAAGGCCUCCCGGGAAGAGGCAGGUCGGCUCCUGCGAAGCUCCCAGAAGCUGUUCCAGUCUCUUCGAAGAGGAGCCCCUGAACACAGCUCUGCCGCUGACCCGCCUCAGGAGGCCCAUGACUCCAAGGUGCCAGCAAAGGCUGUGGUUGGCAUCAGUCGGCAGGAAUCUGUAGGCAGAUGGCCAGAGGAACCAGAGGCCGAGGCAGAAGGCAAGUCUUUGGCCGAUCUCAUCAGCGAGCGGGAGCUGCUGGCUGCCCUGGAGCAGCUGCGGCGCCUGGAAGACGAGCUGGUGGCCGAGAAGGCGACGCACACCUUGGAGCUGGACCCCACGGGCUUUGCGCGCCGUGCCGUGGAUCUGUGUCUGCACUACGACGGUCUGGGGGCUGAGCUGGGCGCCAUCGUACGCGAGACGCUGGACGGUGACCACGUGGAUACGGUCGCGCUGACCACGCUGACCCGCGUGGUGCUGGCCGAGGAGGCGGCGCACCCGGCGCCCCCCGCCGACGGCGACUUCCUGCGCACCCCGCGCCGCUGGCGGCAGCAGUGGGAGCAGGCGGUGAAGCUCAGCGCCCAGGAGCGAGUGCAGCGCGCGGGCGCCUCCCGGGCGGACCCCGGGGCUGCCCCCGAGGGGGGCUCGGACUUGGCCCUGCAGCUGCGAGAGCUGGGCAACACGGUGCGCUCCGACCUGCAGAAGGUGCGGCGGGAGGCGCAGCCCGUGUACGCGGCCGCCGGCUUCCCGGCCUGGGAGCUGUACCUGAGCGCCUUCCACGCCGCCGUGGCGCAGCGCCUCCAGGCCCUGGUGCGCGACGCCCGAGGCUGCGAGCAGCUCUACCUCUUGCUGGACUGGGCCGCCAACGUCUACGGCAGUCCUGACUUCCUGGGCGCCCCCGACCUAGCGCUGCCGGCGGAGCCGCUGCCCCCGCUCCUGAGGCCAGAAGUGUGGGCGCAGCUGGAGAGCGACUACACCAGCUUCCUGGAGACCAAGAUCUCCAGCUGCUUUGACAACAUCCUCGACUUUGAAAAGAAUCGCUGGGCAGACACUGAGACCCCCGAAGUGCUACAGGGCCGCUACCACACGCCUUUGUCCAUCGAUGUCCACAUGCUGGUGGCAGAGCACGUGAAGGCGGCCGGCGCCAUCUCGACCGAGCUGAAGGCCACCACCCUGCAGAUCUGCGCGCGCGCUCUCGGAGUCUUCGUGUCCCGGCUCGAGCGUUCUUUCCUGGAGUCCGAGGCGGUGAACGAGGCGCACCUGGGCGCCAACAUCAACUCGCUGGAAGAGCUGCGGACCAGUCUUCUGACCAGGUUCCCAGGCACCUUUGAAGGGCUAGAGAAGCCCCUGGAGGCGGCCGCCCGCAGCUUCCAGAAUCGCCUGCUGCAGAGCCUGCAGCGGAGCACGCAGCCCCUCUUCAAGGUUCUGUGCACUAAGGACUGGCUGGACCAGGACGCGCUGCAGCCACUCCUGGACCGGGUGGAGGCCUUCGGGCACCACCUCCGGCACGUGGUCCCGCCACUGGCGCAGGAGACCCUGCAGGAGGCACACCGGUGCGUGGUCCGCGACUACCUCAGGCAGACCAUGCGGCCACCCGAGCGCUUCCGGGGUGUGGACCGGGUGACCUGCGCCCAGAAGAUGAGCCGGGACGCCGCCACCAUCAACAACACCUUCGAGGACUUGGGCUCUGAGGCCACGUGGCUGCGCCAGGCCAUCCUCAGCGUGGCUGACAUCCUGCGGGAGACUUACAAGGACCAUAUUCAGGGCCACCUGGAGACACUGAUCCGGGGAUACCCCGACAUCAGGCGCGACCACGUUCUGGCCAUCCUGGCCCUGCGCAGACUCGGCCGCCGGCGGAACCAGCGCCUGCUGCAGCGCGCACGCGACCUGUUGCGCGCUGAGGAUGGCGAGGCCCCCCCGGGGCGCGCGCUGUUCUCAGAGAUCGAAGUCCCCACCACCGUGGACGUGCUCAUCACCUGCAUCUAG